CAUCAAUAUGAAGUUCAAAAAUAGGUAAGGCUAAUCUACGGUGUUAAAAGUCAGAAGAGUGGUUGCCUUGGGCAUGGGGUGGCAAUGAGGCAUUGGCUGGGAAGGGACCUCCCAAGGUGAUGAAAAUGUUCUAUAUCUUGAUCUGGGUGGUGGCUGCCUGGGUGAACGUAUAAGUAAAACUUCAUCAAAAUGUAAACGUAAGGUUUGUGCAGUUUAUUGUAUAUAAACAUCUCUAUAUAAAAAAGCGGAAACCCUGGUGGCGUAGUGGUUAAGUGCUACGGCUGCUAACCAAAAGGUCGGCAGCUCGAAUCUGCCAGGCGCUCCUUGGAAACUCUACGGGGCAGUUCUACUCUGUCCUAUAGGGUCGCUAUGAGUCAAAAUCGACUCAACAGCAGUGGGUUUGGUUUUUGGUUUUUUUAAUAUAAAAAAGUAUCUCUAUAUAUUAACAGCCCUAAGUAUUAGUCUAACCUCCCAUUCACAACAGAUAAACGGAGGUCUUUAAACAACUCUCUACAUCAGUACCAUUUUAUUCUGUUGUACGUAGGGUCGCCGAGUUGAACCAACUCAACAACAACUCUUAGAAAUUAGGAUGGAAUUCAAAGCUGCCCAGCUGGUGACUUCAACAUUUGCAACUAACAUGUGCCAUGUUAACAAGAGUAAGAGAAGGUCAGUUUGGAGGAAGGUUUAUUUCCAAAUCUCUAUGGAUGACCAAUCCUAUAACAAAGAAUCAAUAUUCUGUAAGAAAAGUGACAGAGGGUGAGAAGGAAGAAGGGACAGCAGAUGCUGGAGUUUUCCUUCAGGCAAUGUUUCAGUGAUGCCUCUCAAUUUCCCAUCUUCCGGGCAUCCAUAAGACCCAGGAAGUGAUCUCCUGGACUUGGGGCAGCCCCUUAGCUUCAGCUUCUUCCCAUUCUUCCUUCUGGCAGCAUCAAUGUGGGGCCCUAACAGAGCCUAGCCAGAAAGGAAGGUUAAGGCCUAUCCUAGCAUAACGGGAAAGGUUUUGUUCCAGUUUCACUCAGGAUGUCAGAGCCAUGCAAAUUAUCUCUUUGUUUGUAUAAACAUACAUACCUGUAACCAAUGGAUAAAGCUCUGUACACAAGGAAUCAAGGAUAUAUAUAAAGCCUACGUGAAUCCCAGCUUUCAUUUACUAUUCACUUUCCUCUAUUCGUGCUCCCUAAGGUAGAGAGAAUGGCCAAGGAUAAAGGGGAGAAGAGGGAGUUAAAAUGGAGCUUACUACCUCCAUGCGAAGUUUCAAUACUGGAUGGGAUCAUUCUACAAAAGGAACUAUGCAACAUCUGCGAUAGAAUUUGGAACUUCCAAGCCAAGCCUGAUGACCUGAUCAUUGCAUCCUAUCCCAAAGCAGGAACCACUUGGACACAGGAAAUUGUAGAUCUGAUACAGAACGAUGGAGAUGUUGAGAAAAGUAGAUGGGCUCCCAUUCAUCUUCGGCAACCUUUCUUGGAGUGGAUGAGAGCAAACACCUCUGGUAAGUCCCUAAUUUACAAAACCAUAAUCUUCACAGAAAGAUGGACAGUUUAG